UUCCGAGUUUUUUCGGAUGCAAUCGAAUUUUGCCAAAACUAAUCCACCUCUCAAGUCUCAAGGUUUUUAGCUGCAUUUUCAGCCUAGAAAAAAAAAUUGAAUUAAAUUACAUCUUCAAGACCUCAGCAACACAUAAAUCUCAUCAAAUAAAAUUCCCCCCCAAAAAAGAAUCCAUUUUGUAAUCUCUUCAAAUGAUUUGUGUAAGAAGCAAUCCAUCCCCAGCACCACAGGAAGAUGCUUGGGUUACUUCUUACCAAAGGCUAGUUCCUCACUGGCACUCUGUUUCUCUUUCUCAUCAGCAUUCAAGUAUACCGAUAUCAAUAUCUAGAGUUAAUCAAUUUGAUGCUGCUAGAUUGGAUAUUGAGCUGUCAGCCAUGUUAAAAGAACAGCUGGUUAAAGUUUUCUCCUUGAUGAAGCCAGGAAUGUUAUUUCAAUAUGAACCAGAACUCGAUGCAUUCCUCGAGUUUCUCAUUUGGCGGUUUUCAAUUUGGGUAGAUAAGCCAACUCCAGGAAUUGCACUUAUGAAUCUGAGGUAUAGAGAUGAACGUGCCGUGGCAUUAAGAGGAAAAGUAAGAACAGGUUUGGAAGGACCUGGGCUAACUUUUGCUCAAAAGAUGUGGUAUUGUGUUGCUGCAGUGGGUGGUCAGUACAUCUGGGCUCGUUUACAGUCAUUAUCUGCUUUUCGCAGAUGGGGUGAUUCUGAGCAGAGGCCAUUGGCACGGCGAGCUUGGGGUUUGAUGCAACGUAUUGAAGGGCUUUACAAGGCUGCAUCAUUUGGCAACCUACUCAUAUUUCUUUAUACUGGAAGGUAUAGAAACCUUAUUGAAAGAUCAUUACAAGCGAGGCUUGUCUAUGAAAGCCCUAAUAUGAAUCGAGCUGUUAGUUUUGAGUACAUGAAUCGUCAGUUGGUGUGGAAUGAGUUCUCGGAGAUGUUGUUGCUGCUUCUCCCUCUUCUUAACUCAUCAACCGUUAAAAGUUUUCUUCACCCUUUCUCAAAGGACAAAUCUUCGAGUUCUAAAGAGGAUGACUCUAUUUGUCCCAUUUGCUGGGCAAGUCCAACACUUGUUUAUCUCGCUCUCCCUUGUCAGCAUCGGUAUUGCUAUUACUGCCUUAGAACACGCUGUGCUGCGGUUCCCUCAUUCCAGUGUUCCAGAUGCAGCAAGCCUGUUGUGGCGAUGCAGCGGCAUGGCAGUGAUGUUGAACAUAAAACUCAGAGUCAGUAACUUACAUAGGAAAAUGCGGAUAAGAGCGCUGUGCCUUUUAGAAACCUGUAUAACAAAAAUGCCCCAAUGUGGCAUACAAAACAUUUUUGAAAUGAAGGUUUUUUCCAGAGAAAAAUUGUACCCCAAUUCAGUGGGGGGGGGGGGAUGAAUGAUUCUUUGUCAACUGUGACAUUAAUAACGGAGGUUAUUUUUUGCAGCUAGUGGAAAAGGGGGAGGCUUUUUUCAUGAUACAUAAUGUGUUUUGAAAGCAUCGUUUUGAUGUUGGUUAAGAAUAUCAUAUUCAAAUUGCAUUAAAAAUUGAUUAGAUUUAAAGAGAGUAAAAACCCCAUUGUCGUUGCUGAGAUGGAUAAAUCUAUUUACAUAUAAAGUAGGUUAGGUUGUAGUAGAGGAUAUAGGUAGCCCAGGAACUGUCAUGCAAAAGGCAUAGGCGGGCGUGGUAGCUGCCGUUGAACAUAACAGGUCAAGGCUCACAAGCAUAACAGGGCCCAUAUUUAGUGGCAAAUUGUGUGGUUCUGGUAAAACUUUUUUUUAAGGGAUAAUGACAUCCUGUACUUUAGCUGAACUUUAAUUUCGUUUAUUAAUACGAGGUCAAAUCAUGAGCUGCUUUUGACUUAUAGCUGAAGGAUCUCAUAGCAAUUAGUCCAAAAGUUCUUUCCUUUUAAAUUUAAAUUAAAUACAAAGCUAGUUAUUGAUUUCAUUUUUCUUUCAUCCUCUUUUCAGGUACUUAGAGUUGAUUGAUUGUUCUUUUUAGUAACGCCACGUGGCAGUAUAUAAUUUUGUUAAAGUGGAGGAGAUUUUUUGUCAUUAUCUCUUUUUUUUUUAGUGAUUUAAAUUUGAUAAAAUUUAACUCCUUUUGGGUUUUGGUUUAAA